AUCAUUCUCCCUUUGCUAUUGGCUGCGGAGUUUGCGUCAAAAAGUUACCAGAGAGGCGCUUUCUCAGCAAGUCUCAGAGAAAGGAGAGAGAGAGAGACCAGUACAACUCAGCAAUCUCAACCAUUUUUCACUCUCAAACAACACAUACCGUCUUUAAACAGGGACAAAGGCCGUCAGGAACGUGGACGCCUGAAUUUUGGGGUGUUUUACAUCGACCUGAGCCCCGUAAAACAGAUUUAAACCGAGGCCUUACUGCAAAGUCACCAGAGGAUCGAAGCAAACCAGAUUCCGCAUUUUUUAACUUAUUUAUCGCAAAUUUGCUAUUCGAACCAACUUUAGCAUGAUGUCGUAUCUCAAGCAACCUCCAUACACAGUGAAUGGGCUGAGCCUCACUACAUCGGGUAUGGAUCUGCUUCACCCUUCAGUCGGAUAUCCCUCUACUCCGCGGAAGCAGCGGCGAGAGAGAACCACAUUUACACGAGCGCAGCUGGAUGUCUUGGAGGCGCUUUUCGCCAAGACUCGCUAUCCGGAUAUCUUCAUGAGGGAAGAGGUGGCCCUGAAAAUCAACUUGCCCGAAUCCAGAGUGCAGGUGUGGUUCAAAAACCGUCGAGCGAAGUGCCGCCAACAACAGCAACAGCAGCAGAAUGGAGGGCAGCAUAAAGUUAGGCCAACGAAGAAGAAGAGCUCUCCUGCCCGGGAGCUGGGCUCGGAGAGCGUGGCCGGCGGCCAAUUCACGCCGCCCUCCAGUACCUCGGUGACGGCCAUAUCGAGCAGCACCGCCCCAGUGUCAAUUUGGAGCCCCGCGUCCAUAUCUCCGAUCGCCCCCGAUUGCCUCUCCACGUCCUCGUCCUGCAUGCAGCGUUCCUACCCCAUGACCUACACCCAGGCCUCGGGUUACACGCAGGGAUAUGCCGGAUCCACGUCCUACUUUGGGGGAAUGGACUGCGGCUCGUACCUGUCCCCGAUGCACCACCAGCUCCCCGCCCCAGGCACGGCGCUCAGUCCCAUGGGCACAAACGCAGUCACUGCAGGCCAUCUCAACCAGUCUCCGGCCUCCCUCUCUGCCCAAGGCUACCCAGCCGGCGGAUUAGGUUUUAAUUCCACCGAUUGCUUGGAUUAUAAAGACCAGACAGCAUCAUGGAAACUCAACUUCAACGCUGACUGCUUGGAUUACAAAGAUCAAACGUCCUCGUGGAAGUUCCAAGUUUUGUGAAGUGCUGGGACUCUGUUGUAACUGGACAAGUCAUUCCAAUGUUAGAUCUUCGGAAUGGAGAGCGCGAAACGUCAUCGUUCCAGUUCUUGUAGCCAACUCUGGAGGUUAAACACUUUGGAAUGGACAGGACAAUAUUUGUGAUCAUUCCAAUGUUAGCCAUUUUUUAAGUUGGCGUUUAAAAACAUAAAGAACCAUCAGGGCUGUGUGAAAUGUGCGAUUGGUUGUCACAGAUGCACUACUUUAUUUAAAAAAAAUGUUUAUUAGGGUUCCAUAUGUAGUCCUGAGAGACAAUCAGUGUGCGUCUUAUAUCAGUGGUACAUCUGUGUUUUUAUUUGUGUUAGACUCAAAACAAUUAUGAUCUGCUGUACUGUAUGCAAGUAUGUGAACCGCUUGAUGCUGUUGAACAAGAGAGGCGGGCUGGUGUUGGGGUGGGGGUGAUGGUGGUGCUUCUGCUGUUCUAAAAUGGAGCCAAAUUCUGCUGGAAAAAUUACCCGCCAUUGUUUGAAACGAGCGCCUUCAAACAUAAACUGAACUGUGACUUCGUGAUUCUGACUACAAACUUCACAUGGACGCUAAAGCUCUGUCACACUGAUGCCAAUAUCUUAAAAUAUGAUCAGCUGUAUUGAUCCCAUUGAGGAUCAGGUAUUCAGAAAUUAGCUCUAUUGUUUGCAGAUGUUAAUAGAGUAAUGUUAUAUAUGCAUAAACGUUAACCAUACUGGAGUCGACAGAUUCCUAUGGCUACAUUAAAGUCAUUCUAGCACAAUUUUGAUUUGUCUUCCACGGUUCAAUCUUAAACAAUAUCCGAUAAAAUAGAAAUCAUGCAGCUUGAUAGCACUUACAAUGAGUGUAUACAAAACUGCGCGACUUCGAGUCUGCCAUUAGGGUCCAUUAGUUUACCAAAUAAUGUCUGUUCAGGUAAUCUCACUCCUUUUUUCCUCUGCACUCUUCCAUCUCCCGUAAUACCCAACCCCCAUAUUCCCAUCAUAAAACAUAAGGGUGAGAAUGUGCUUUAUAGCUUGCAGCCAGUCUGUUAUAUUGGAGUGGCGAAAAUUUGCACUGUACCAGGUCUUUUUUUCAUUUUUGUUUUCCAUUUUAGAGGCACAGAUAUAAGCUGUCUGUUUAUAAGUUUUAAAACGAGAGGUAAACAAAUUCUUGUAGCAAAUGAUGCACAGAGAAUGCCUGAAUUAGAGUGUGUAUAUAUAUUUAUAUAUGUUAUACAUACUCCAACCUGCAACUUCGGAAGCUAAACAGACGCUAGGCGCUUUACUUGUCUAUUUUCCUUGAAAGUUCUGAAAUUUUAUCGAUUUUUUAUGUACAGGAUACUUUUGUAAUUAGUAUUUCUUAUUAUGUAAAAAGGACGGGCUUUGAUCUGGAAACCAGUCUCUACAACAUACUUUCCUUUUUAUUAGGUAUUGUAAGUGUUUUCAAUGUAAAUGUAGGUAAGGUAAAAUGAUUCAUAAAUUGUGCUUUUUACAAGUGAUUUUUUUUUGUCCAUUUCAGAUAUUUAUUGUCCAAACUAAUCAUAUAAAUAUUCGGUUAUGUACAGUGUUUAUUUUAUGAUAGAUAAAAAGGUCUUGUGAAAUUUCGAUCAUUUCUUUAUAAUAAAUAUCACUUUUGCUGCUAAACUGGUUAAUGAUAACUCCCCAUGUCCAUUCUCCGAGUAGAUCCAGAAACUGUGUCCCAGCCAUCAUUUUGUUACUCUCCUGAUUAAGGAGGCUUUAUAGUGUGACCUCCGUGUGCUAUACUUCCUAACAUGUAGACACUUCCUAAUAUGUAUACUUCCUAAGAAUUCAGACUAACUUCAGUCUUGAUUUACAUUAUGGUGACAGCACAUAUCAAGUGUCUGAAUGCAAACAAUGUAAUUUGACGCAAAAUCUCGUUCAAACAAAAUGAUAAACAUUGAUGUACUUCCUAUCAUGGAUCAAAAUUAUAUCCAUGCAGUACACUGUCCAUACCGUUUUAAAAAGUGGGCAUGAAACCAAAUGUCAAUCUUCACAUUUCACAGCA